AUGGUGACUACUCGUCACGUUUCUAAGCAGGUUCCUACCGCACGCCGAUCACACCUCCAGAACUUUGAUUCGCAGAAGUGGCAGGACACCGAGGUACAAGUCUUGUUCAUCUUCAACUCGCCCGACGGCGAAAACACCGAGGAUGAGGACAUUAAGUGGGAAGCCUUCCUUCAGGUCAAAGUUCGAAAUUUGCCGCGGCUCAUGGCAGAGGGUUUCUACUGGAACGAAGCCAACUUGGAAAGGGAGGCCGGCUACAUUGAGCGGCGUCUCCUCAAAGACGACCCCUUCAACGAUGACGACCGCUGGUCGUGCUGCCGCACCUUUUUCCUCUCGGACCUGAGCGACGACCCCCAAUGGGCCGCGAAGCUCAUCGUCUACGCGGAGAAGUUGACUGUCUUGUCAAGCUUCACAAUCACGAACAUCAACAUGGACACUAUGGAUGGGGCUGUCGCGUGUAAUAAGGUGGCUGAUGAGCGCAGCGCCACACGUUGGGUUUACUUUUGGGAUCGUAACUAUCCGGAAGACAACUUCAACGCCAUCUAUGACGAUAUGCCGUUGGAAGGAUGGUGGCCAUGGCCCAGGGAGGAAUUUGACGAUGACGAUAUCACCUUGGUGAACGUAGAAGAUGAGUGA